AUGGGGAUCAAUGAGAUAUUGAAAGGGGAGGAGCAUUCUCACUAUGCCAUUAACCCUGUUAUCCCACCGGGGAUGCAAGACUUUCAAGACACGGUGCUUGUGAGUGAUUCUUGGCUCAUCAAGUACCAACAAUCGUUUGUAGCUUUCGAGGCUGGAGGCUGUUCUGAUCAUCUAAGGGGACGUAUCAAACUGGGUGCUGAUAAGCUGCACAUUCAUAAGCCUUUCAAUUUCACCAACGCUUUAACCAGUGAUAGCGGAUUUAUACCAAUGAUUAAAGAGUUCUGGGAUAACACUGAGACUUUGUUUCAUUCUAUGUAUGCUAUGUUUCGGUUUUCUAAAAAACUGAAGGCUCUUAAACCGAAGAUAAAAAUGAUGAGCAAGGAUAGACUUGGUAACUGGACAAAGAAAAAAAAGGAGGCGUAUGCUGCUCUGUGCAAAUGUCAGCUCGAGACGAUGACAAAUCUGACUGACUUAUCCAUGCAAGCUGAAUCUGCAGCUUAUAGUAGAUGGUUAUUUGUCUCAGGUUUGGAGGAGAAAUAUCUAAAGCAGAAAUCUAAACUGCACUGGUUAAAGGUUGGUGAUGGCAAUAACAAAGUGUUUCACAAAGCUGCCAAGGUCAGGAAAGUUCGUAAUGCUAUCAAAGAAAUUCACUGUCCAGAUGAUUCAGUGGUCACAUCCCCUGAGGGUAUUAAUCAAGAAGCAGUGAGGUUCUUUCAUGAUUUCUUAUCACAUAAUCCUUCUCACUAUCACGACAUCACGGAGGAGGAGCUCAAAGCUCUGUUGCAUUAUCGAUGUUCUGAAGCGGAUGGGGAACAAUUAGAAUGGGAGGUCUCUGCAGAGUAA